UGAAUAUGUGCCUAAAUAUAACCAUUCAACUAUUAUUUCAUGUAGUUAGGAAUAUUUUUUUAAUACAAUUCUCAAAUUUAUAAUGUAUAGUGUUAUAAUUUACAAUAGUUAUUUGCGUUGAUAGAGAAAUCUAUUGUUUGUGCCAUUUUAUAGCAUUGCGCCUUGUAAACGAAGGUCUUUUAUACAAAUUGGAUUAGAUUACUUAUUAUUUGUUUAUUUGCCUAAUCGCAACUUAGUUGUUGACUCAUCCGUCCAGUACACUCUUGACUGCCGAGCUGAACUGAAGAAACAUUUUUACUUGCUCAAACAAAACAAUUAGAUAAAUAAUUUAAAUAAAAUUCAUUUUAAUUUAAUUUUAAUUUAAUUUUAAACUGAAAUUUAUGUAACAAUGUGUCAAUUAACGAUUUUGGAUUUGAACGAAGACUGCCUUAGAUAUAUAUGUAAAAACUUGUUACUCGUCGAUCAGUUGCGGUUUGCGGCUACAUCAAAAUACAUUUUUAACGUGGUGCAAAUGUGUUCUGCAUUAAAGUACAAGGAAUUUAAAUUGGAGCAAUUGAUGGGCCUAACAUUUGAUGAAAUAUGCAUAUUUUUAAAUACAUUUGGUGCUUAUAUUGAAAGCUUAAGCUACUUUGAUAUUGCCUUUGAUUUAAAGCAAAUUUUAGAGGCUUGCAAAAAUAUCAAAUAUCUUUAUUUCGAUUCAAUUGAGAUUUCCUCCAAACUAACAUCCGUUCUUGAUACUCUUCAUCAUCAUAAAUAUUUACAGAAACUUGUCUGUGAGAAUUGUACCUUAGAAGAUGAAGAUAUUAUAUUACUGGGAAAAUUGACUACGCUUAAGUGUCUCAACUUAAGAAGAAAUAGACGUUUAACUGGAAAAUAUUUGAAUGAAAUGGUGAAUGUGGAAGAGCUUAAUCUCAGUUACUGUAUGAACUUACAAUCAGUACAUUUUGUGAACGUAUGUAAGGCAUUGAAAUCACUAAAAAAACUAAAUGUUGAAAUGUGUACACGUCUGACGACUUCUGCAUUUAAUGAGAUGGUAGAAUAUUGUCCGAAUCUGGAGAAUCUGUGUAUUAGCAUACAAUAUAAUAUCAAUAACAAAAGUGUUGCUCAGUUGCCCAAACUGACGCAUUUGACUAUUAUUUCCGCACACACUUUUCCAGAUGCCGUUGGACGCGAACCACUCUUCAUUGCACUAUCAAAGUAUAAAACAGAACAGUUAACGCAUUUAUACAUAGAAGUUGGUGGAUUUAUUAACUAUGAGGCAGCGAAAUGUAUAUCUUCCUUGAGAGGUUUGAAAUUACUUUCGUGCAUAAUAUGUGAUAUCAGUGACGAAUGUCUGCGUGAACUAUGCACUUUGGAGAACCUGGAGCAUUUAGUAUUUGUAAAUUCGGAAGCGACAAGUUCUGGCUUAUUUUGCUUACUUAAAACAUUUAAAAAAUUAAAAAUCCUCGAUGUCAGAGUAUGUGUACAAAUCAACAACAGUUUUAUCUUUGAUGUAAUAAAAUUAUUAAGACAAGAGAUGUUGGAGAGAGCUCUUCCCCUUACAAUUCGUUUACACGGUACAAGUGUGAAAGCUGACAUUCUGAAGGAUGCUCGAUUUAAAGAUUCUUCCAAUUUACUUCAAUUAUGUUGGGAGCCGUAACGUAUUUUGAUGUAUAUUUUAUAGUAGAAACAAAAACAAUAAUUCAA